AUGGCUUCCAACCAAGCUAACCACCACCAUGCCAAUAUUUCUACAACCCUUCUACUCUUCUCCUUGCUCCUUGCCAACCUAGACCUAACAGGUGCCCAAAUUGGCGUCACCUAUGGGAUGCUAGGCGACAACUUACCACCACCAAACGAAGUCGUAGCACUAUACAACCAAUACAACAUCCAUCGGAUGCGACUCUACGACCCAAAUCCAGCCGUCCUCCAAGCCUUAAGGGGAUCCAACAUUCAGCUAAUGUUGGGUCUCCCCAGCAACAGCCUCCAGUCAAUCGCCACCAGCCAGGACGUCGCCAAUGCGUGGGUCCAGAACAACGUCCUCAACUACAUAGACAGCGUCCAGUUUCGUUACAUCGUGGUCGGAAAUGAGGUCCGACCGACCGACCCGUUCUGCCCUUUCCUGUUCCCGGCGAUGCAGAACAUCCAGACCGCGAUCGAGACCAAGUGCCAAGCUGCAUUAGAAUGUUCGGCGGCGAAUCGAAUCAAGGUUACCGCGGCCUUUGGGUACGGGGUCAUGAACGUGUCCUACCCACCGUCACAGAGAUCUUUCAGGGAAGAUUAUGGGUUCUUUCUGAAUCCCAUACUUGGGUUCCUGACCAAAAACCAAGCGCCCUUAUUGUUAAAUGUGUAUCCGUAUUUUGCUUAUGUUAAUAAUCCAGGUCAGAUCCGGCUCGAUUACACUCUGUUCACUGCCCCACCCGGUUUGAUACCCGACCCGCCGCUCAGCUACAGUAACCUUUUCGAUGCCAUGAUGGAUGCGGCGUACUCCGCUCUGGAAAGAGCAGGGGCUGGGACACUGAGCGUCGUGGUGUCGGAGACUGGUUGGACGACGGCCGGAGGUGGAGCUGAAACGACGGUGGAUAAUGCGAGGAUUUACAACAAUAAUUUGGUCCGCCAUGUCAAGGGAGGGACGCCUAAGCGGCCGGGAAAACCAAUUGAGACUUACAUUUUUGGGAUGUUCGAUGAGGAUCAGAAACAGCCAGAAUUGGAGAAGCAUUGGGGACUAUUUAGUCCCAAUAAGCAGCUUAAGUAUCCAAUUAAUUUAAAUCAUUAA